CCGCAAUCUCUUUCAGUCGCAUCAUUUCCCAAGGUUCUCUCUUUUCGAUCGGCGCCAUUGUGGUGACAGGAGGGAGUCCUCAAAAUGUCUUCUCACAAGACGUUUAGGAUCAAGCGCUUUCUUGCCAAGAAGCAGAAGCAGAACCGACCCAUCCCGCAGUGGAUCCGCAUGAAAACUGGCAACAAGAUCAGGUACAACUCCAAGAGGAGACACUGGCGGAGGACCAAGCUGGGCCUGUAACUGCAGUGCCCCCAUCCUCACCUGUUCCCACACCCCCAACACCAAUCCCAUCUGACCAGACCAGGGGAGAAGCCAUGGAAUCUAGACCAGCAGUCUCUCGUUUGUACAGAUACUCUGUUCAUCUUUGUAUAUGAACAAUAAAAAGUGAGAUAAAAUGAAAC